UAAACGUUGCGUUUUAUGAUAGGGUUAUAUCACUUAACUUCGUCACUUUUCCAAGUUCCCAUCCCGCUCCCGCAUACAGGCAGCCACCUACCUACCUCCCUCUCUCUCAAACCUCAAUCUCAGUUGAAGCACGCUGACGGCAGCGAGAGUCUCCUCACCUUUCUCGUCCCUUCUCCGUUCUCGUCCUUCAGUUCAGUCCCGCAGCCACGGCCACCCACCCACCCAGUCGCCAGUCCCGCAGCCACCCACCCACGGACUCACCCACUCGCGAAAGCCAGCCAGAGUCUUUCUCUCCAUCCUUCGCGUCUUCAGUCCCGCAGCCACGGCCAUCCACCCACCCAGUGGGAUAUUCCCUUUCGCACUGCAGAUUUUCAGAAGAUGAACAAGCCCUUUACAUUGUCAUUGACUGUCGUUUUAUCUUUGGUUCUGUUAUUUGGAGAGGCGAAAGCUAUUGAUCCUUACAAGUUAAAGCUGAUUGAAUCUCAUCUCGGCUUUUGCUCUGAAAUUUGAAGCCUGUAUAUGAAGCAGAUGAUCUGUUAGUUUCAAAUUUGUGAACAAAAGAAUUUGCUUCGAAAUUAAGCUAACUGAAAAGAUCAAAAACCGAUUUCGAACCGAACCGAACCGAACCAAUUCGGUUCGGUUCGAUUCGAUUUAUAUCUUAUUUGGUUCGGUUCGGUUUACAAUUUAAAAGAAUUCGGUUAAAUCGGUUUUUGCCGGUUCAAUUCGGUACCGAACCGAACCGACCGA